AUGGCUAUCCUGAAAUCUGUUCCUGGUAUUGAAGUCAGUAUCUGUGUUGACAAUGAACCGCUAAUCGAACACACCGAUCGGAACGCGAAGGCCGAGCGGAGUACCGUCUUGAAAUACGUCGAGGUGGUGCCAGAUAAGGAGUUCACGAUCAGAAUCACUACUGAAAAAAGCUAUAAAUGGACUAGUCCGUACAUUGUUCUGAACAUAAUGGUUGAUGGUGUAGACAUCAGAACCCUUCCUUUCGGCCGCCAGGAGUUCGAGCAAGACUGCCAGGCAUCUUCAUCACACGUUCACGAGUGUAUUGGGUCUUACGGCAUCGAAAAUGAACAGGAGGUAGUUAGCCCUUUCAAAUUCUCCAAGUUGUCUGUGUCCCACAGCGAGGAAUUGAGAGAUGAAAUUGAGAAUGAUGUAUCGCACCUCGAAAAGACGGGUGAAGUAAAAGUCGGCCUUUAUCGAGCAAAGUCUGUCAAGAAGCUAUCUGCAACCCAAGCGCGCAAGUAUUGCCCGACCUUUUGGAAGCAGCCCGAGUUGAACAAUCACUUGAUGAAAGACGUUCACUGGGACGCGAUCAGUGGAAGUUUGGAAAGCCAGUCUCACAUGGCCACCCUGGGACCUGCUAAGCCCGCCGGUGAAGAUUCAUGGAUUAGGAAUGUGUACGACAUCAAAUAUAUGGAUUUCGAUCGAUCUAGGUCCGUUAAACCCCAGGGAGUCUUCAAGUUGAGGUAUCGUUCUAAAGAAUCUCUUAAGGCCCUUCUUGUUAUCCGCUGGGAUGACGCAGCGAUCAAGAGGGAGCCUAUGAUCAAGAUCGAAAGCGACAAUGAAGACGUGGUCAAAAACGUGGCCGAAGAUGCGGCCAAAUCUAUUAUCAAACGAGAACGCGAUGAAGGUUUGGUCGAGUCAUCUAUGCCUGCUGCCAAAAGAGCUCGAUCGAGAAGAAAUAAACAGUAGUCAAUACAUAGCGAUCAGUUGUAUCCAGACGUGAAGAUUGUGGGACAUGAAAGCUUAGCGGUGACCCUGUCUCAUUUUCUAUUCUUUAGCAGGAUUUCCUUGGACGAAAUGACCAUACAUAGGUACCAGCAAAAGAGUAUUGCUAAAGCAGUAUUUAUCUCACUUGAACUCGGACUUUUCAUCUAGCAAUAACAAUCCUUCCUCAACAUCCUAAAAGAGAUCCACCUACAAUCUCCAUCCCCAUCUACAUCCCCGCGUUUCAUAUCAAUACCUACUAUUCAACAUUCCGAUAGCGCAGUAGGGGAUUCAAAUUUGCCUUGAAAGCCCCAAAGAAUCAAACGAGAUAUCAAGUAAACGAGAACAUUAAUAUCAUCUCAAUCUACAAG